UCCUUCAUCUCUCAACUGCAUUCAUUCAUUGAAACCAUUUGCAAAAAUAAAAUAAAAUAGAAGAUGUCUCUAGUAACAGACGCGAUCAGAGCGGCGGCGUCGGAGAUGUACCAGGGCGACGAAAUCUGCAGGGAGAAGUCGAAGCAGCUGCUGACGGAGAUGGGGCUGCCCAACGGGCUUCUGCCGCUCAAGGACAUCGUGGAAGUCGGCUACGUCAAGGAGACUGGAUUCGUGUGGCUGAUUCAGAAGAAGAAGUGCGAGCACCGCUUCGAGAAGAUCGGGAAGCCCGUGCAGUACGCCACGGAGGUGACUGCCUACAUUGAGCCCAACCGGAUCACCAAGCUCACCGGCGUCAAGGCCAAGGAGCUCCUGCUCUGGGUCAUGCUUAGGGAGAUCUACGUUGACGUUCCUCCCACCGGCAAGAUCACCUUCAAGACCCCCACUGGCCUCUUCCGCACCUAUCCCGUUGACGCCUUCCAGCUUCAAGACGACGACGACAACAACAACAACAACAAGAUCGAGAAUGAGAGCGAGAAGAAGCCUGCGGUUAAUGGACUCAAGGAGGAGCCCAAACCGGCCGUGGAAAUCAAGCCCACCGUUGAAGUCAAGGAGGUUUAAUUUUAAUCUGACUAGUGUCACAAAUCAAAAUAUAUUGGACUUGUGCUAAUAUGUAUGUUAAAAUAUGCCUAUGCUUUGAUUAAUUUUAUAUAACAUGAAUUCUCAAUUUUCAUUUUUA